CACCGGGAGACCCCCGGCACUGAGCCGGGAGUGCUGGCUGUGCCUCCCCGAGCUCUCUUUGCAGGGGGUUUUCUACGCGGGUUGGGGCUUUGCGUGCUCGGGGGUGGGGGUUUUGUACCCCCAGGGAUGUGCAGUUCGCCCGUGGGGAUUCCGCACCCCUUAGGAUAUGGGGUUUUGAAUCCCGGGUGAUGGCGUUUUGAACUCCCGCAUCACGGGGUUUUGCAUCCCGGGGGGUGCGGGUUUGCAUCUCGGAUGCUGGUAGCCGCAGGGUUGGGGAUCUGCAGCCCCCACGGUUGGGGGUUUUGCACCCCCACCACAUGGGGUUUUGCAUCCUGGGGACUGCGGGUUUGCAUCUUGGGUGCUGGUAGUCCCGGGGCUGGGGGGUCUGUACUCUACAUCUUGAAGAUCUGUAGCCCCAGCAGUUGCGGUUUUGCAGCCCUCGGGUUGUGAGCUUGCAUCCUGCAGAUUGAGGUUCACACCUUGGCUUUUGGGGUUUUGCAACCCCGACACCUGUGGGCCCUCUGGCCCUCACACUGCAGGUUUAACUUUGCCCUGAGUUUUACUGCUUCCUGCCAGCUCCUUGGAGAAGAGCAGCAGACUCACUUCUUCAGGGUUUGAUGCACGGCGGUGGAGCAGACGAUGCUCACAUGCAGCCCAACUCCAAGCAGUGAGUGGGAAUGGACUGAGUGGGGUCCUGCAUGCUGCACCCCACUGCUGCUCUAUGAUGCUGCUGUGAUGCUUCACCCGGCUGUGGCCAUGGUCAGGUCUGAAGGCUCCAGGUGACUCAGGAGAAGCAUUUCUUAGCAAGCAAGCAAGAAGUUGCUGGCUUAUCUGUAGAACACAGUGUGCAGACGUACUUCCAGAGACUCGAUGUGGGGAUGCUUGAAAUGCAGCCAGGAGCAGCAGGACCCUGUUGCUUGCACCCUGACCCAGACCUGAAGUUUCAAGCAUCCACCAACCCUUCUUUUUGCUGAGUAUUUCUUGCUGGAGAAAUGCAUAGAUGGCCAGAUGAGGAGCGCCUGAUUUCCAGCUGCUCAGUGUGCCUUUGUGUCAUAACCAAACAACAAUACGAGUGUUUCUUUGAUGCUUUGUGAGCGUGCACACGUUUUUCACCUCUGUUUGAGCACUGUUGUGUCCUUCUCCUAGACGUAUCCUGCAUUAUAAGCAGCUUGCUGUUAGAUUCUCACUAGGAAAGACCUUCUAAGCCAGCCUGUACCAGUAACUAAGGUGGUACUCGAGCAUCAUAGAGAGACUGCAAAGACACUCUGAGAGCUGAGUUCUCCUUGAAGUUUUAGAGCAGCGUGUGCUCAUGGAUCAUCACCAGAGCAGCUGUGUGAGAGCUUUUAAUUGCCAGGGAGAACUUCAGCCAGCGUGGCACAUUGUAUCAGACACUUCUGAGCUGAUGACCAUGGGAUGGUGAUGGCAGAGGCACAACAGGCUCUUAACGGUGGGAAGAUGCUGAUGGACAAAAAUGAGUCGUGGCCCUCUAAUUUCUCUUCUACAUCAUCCUUUGUGGAAGGAGCUGGCAAAUGGGCAAGGAUUGGCCUCCAGGAGGUGGCCAUCGGGCUCGUACUCACCCUCAUUGACUUGGUCACACUCCUGGGAAAUACAGUAGUCUUUAUUUGCCCAGUGGUGGAAAAGAGGCUACGGACUGUCACCUACAUGUUUAUCAUGUCUUUGGCCAUGGCAGACUUCCUUGUCGCUUGCCUCGUCAUGCCGUUCAGCAUCAUUUACGAGGUGACGGGGAUGUGGUUGUUUGGGAAGCUGUUCUGCAAGGUCUGGAUUUCCUUUGAUGUCAUGUUCUGCACCGCUUCCAUUGUCACUCUGUGCUUUAUCAGCUUGGACAGAUACUGCUCUGUGGUGACCCCAUCUCACUAUUCCAGAAGGAUGUCCCGUGGCAGAUGCGUUGUGAUGACCUGCACAGUCUGGGUAUAUUCCUCCCUUAUCUCCUUUCUUCCCGUCAUGAAGGGCUGGAAUGAGAUCCCCGGGGUGGAUUUCGAUGCAGGCAGAGAAUGCAUCUUCGUCACCAACUGGAUUUUUGCCAUCGUAGCAUCUGCUCUUGCGUUUUUCGUCCCCUUCAUGGUCAUGUGCAGUAUGUACUUCUUCAUCUAUCGAGCUUCCCGGCUCAAGGCCACUCGUAUCAUGUCUCAGACCCUGGAGAUCCACUACCACCCUAACAGCAAGCGGCAGAACCACCUGCAGCUGGAGAACAAGGCCACACGGACCAUCAGCAUCAUCAUUUCUGUCUUUGUGCUGUGUUGGCUGCCGUACUUUGUCCUGAACGUGUGGCUUGCUGCCAGGGGCAGCAACUCCGCAAGCACAGUCCUGGUUGAAACCUUCAAGAUCAUCACUUGGCUAGGGUACUGCAAUUCCACUAUCAACCCCGUGCUCUACGCUUUCCUCAACAGGGACUUCCAGCGGGCCCUGAGGAAGCUGCUCAUCUGCAGGCACAGGUCUCAGGUGGACACUGGAGAAGACAUGGUUUCCAUAGCCACCUUCACCAAAACUGCUCCAGACUUGGACUACAGCAUUACAGUGCCAGUGCCCAGUGAUGCUCAGAAGGGCAAGCCCAAGCAAUAGGGUCCGGAACCAGUUGCUGGAGGAGGUGGUACAGAACAUGCAAGAGCGUGUCCUAAUGGGAAAAUAAAUGUCUUGAAAAUAGGGGAAGAAGGGACUGGAAUGUGACAGCUGGGGGCAUAUGGUUAAAAUGCAAUUAUACCGCAGUUCUAUGAACAAGAACCACGUUGUUACAGCAAAUGGAGCAAAUUCCCUCCUGGGUAAUUAUUUUUUAAAAUGAGUGCUUCCUAAGACAAAUUCAAUCUUCAUGCUGGAGAAAUAUUUCAGUAUGAUAACAUCAACUUGACUUACUCUGUAUACAUUGUGGUCACUUCCUACAGCUUAAGUUGGAACAAUCUUUCUGAUCCAGCAACUAUAGCUCUUAUCUUGCACUUCACAUUAUAAAUUUAACCAGUUUUAGCAGUGCACCUGUGUCAUUCUGUGAACGGGAGACGAGGGGAAGGAUGUGGCCAAAGAGCAAAGCUGGUGUUCAACGAAGGCAGCACGGGGCUCAGCUGCAGGCUCUCUGCAGUCUGAGCUGCAGGUUACAGGGACCCAACACCAGCAAAGUUACUUGCCUGUAAUGCACUGUGAUGUCUGUGCAGCUAUGCCACGAGCUGAGCUAUGCAGUACUGAUGGACCCCACGCCUGUAAAAAUGUUGAAGUACCUCAUGCCUUGCUUCCUGCUUUGUCUGUAUCUCCUUUCCUUGCAGCACUGGGCAAGUACAGGUCAGGAAAGUAAACCAGUUACAGAUACAGACUA